AAGCCAAGUGUUACAAAACUAGAACAAAUAACCAUAAACAAAAACUGAGAAACAGUGUUUUGAGAAGCAGAGUUGAAAAUGUGGCCUUCAAAGCGGAUUUUGCAUGACAUCAUCAGAACAAAGGAAGAUUGCAUGGGUGUACAAAAUCCACGUUUCUUUGUACCUAUUUCUAUUUCAUCUGUUAAUUUGCUGUUGAAGUAAACGCCCAGUAACAAGCCUUGUGGUCUGCUUCAGACUAAUAUCUGCUUCAGGUUGGGUGAAAUCAGUGCAGGUGUUAGUUUAGCUGACGUUAGUUUUAGAAGCCUUCUAAUUGUGUUGUAAUUGUGAUCUCUAGCGAGUUUUCCCUUCCAGUCUGCGUUAUUCUGCAACCUGGUGAUUUUUGUCAAAGUUUCCAGUGGGAGCUGCACACCAACCUACCUAGCUUGUUUCUGCCUAUGGCCUGAGUGCGUCUUAAAGGUGUGCAUCAGCAGUGUUGUGAACAAUGGCCCCCUUCUUACGGAUAUCUUUCAACUCAUUUGAGCUGGGACCCAUGCAGAAUCAAGGGGAACAACUACAGCCUUUCUGUGCUAUCAAGAUGAAGGAGGCAUUGACUACGGAGAGAGGAAAAACUCUGGUUCAGAAGAAACCCACCAUGUAUCCGGAAUGGAAGUCUACUUUUGAUGCCCACAUUUAUGAAGGACGCGUGAUUCAGAUUGUUCUCAUGAAAGCAGCAGAAGAGCCGUUGUCUGAGGUGACUGUAGGUGUGUCUGUCCUGGCGGAGCGCUGCAAGAAGGGCAGCGGCAAAGCAGAAUUCUGGCUUGACCUACAGCCUCAGGGGAAGGUGCUGAUGGCUGUGCAGUACUUUUUAGAAGAUGCAGAUUGCAGACAGUCAGUGAGGGAGGAAGAGGGAACAGUAACUAUCAACAGAAGAGGAGCUAUCAAGCAAGCAAAGAUCCACUACAUCAAAAAUCAUGAAUUUAUUGCUACCUUUUUUGGACAGCCCACAUUUUGUUCUGUCUGCAAAGAGUUUGUAUGGGGACUGAACAAACAAGGAUACAAAUGUAGGCAGUGCAACGCAGCUAUUCAUAAGAAAUGUAUUGAUAAAAUCAUUGGGAGGUGUACUGGUACUGCAGCCAACAGCAGAGACACGAUGUUUCAGAAGGAACGUUUCAACAUUGACAUGCCUCACCGCUUCAAAGUUUACAACUACAUGAGCCCUACUUUCUGUGACCACUGCGGCAGCCUGCUCUGGGGGCUGGUCAAGCAAGGACUCAAAUGUGAAGAAUGUGCAAUGAAUGUGCAUCAUAAAUGCCAAAAGAAGGUGGCCAACCUGUGUGGAAUUAACCAGAAGUUGCUAGCUGAAGCUUUAACUCAAGUCAGCCAGAAGUCCACACGAAGGUCUGAUUCUGGAUCUGUAGAAAAUGUUGGUAUUUACCAGGAUUUUGAUAAGAAACUUCGAGGUCCAGGAGGGGAUACAACAGCAGAUAACAGCCAAUAUGAUAAACUCUGGGAGGGAAGCUCUGCCAAGCCAGCAUCACGCAUUGUGAGCAGGAGAAAAUUCAAUAUCGACAGCUUUGUCUUCCAUAAAGUACUGGGGAAAGGAAGUUUUGGAAAGGUCCUGCUUGCUGAGCUGAAAGGAAAGAAUGAGUUCUUUGCCAUCAAAGCUCUGAAAAAAGAUGUGGUGCUAAUUGAUGAUGAUGUGGAAUGCACCAUGGUGGAGAAGCGGGUCCUAGCACUUGCAUGGGAAAAUCCAUUUCUCACGCACCUUUAUUGCACGUUCCAGACAAAGGAUCACCUGUUUUUUGUUAUGGAGUUCCUGAAUGGGGGAGACCUGAUGUUUCACAUACAAGACAAGGGGCGUUUCGAUCUCUACAGAGCAACGUUUUAUGGAGCUGAAAUUUUAUGUGGGCUACAGUUUCUUCACAGCAAAGGCAUUAUUUAUAGAGACCUAAAAUUGGACAAUGUUAUGCUCGAUAAAGAAGGCCACAUCAAAAUAGCUGAUUUUGGAAUGUGCAAAGAAAAUGUAGUUGGUGAGAACAAGGCAAGCACUUUCUGUGGGACCCCAGACUACAUUGCUCCAGAGAUUCUGCAAGGCUUGAAGUACACGUUCUCUGUGGACUGGUGGUCAUUUGGGGUCCUGCUGUACGAGAUGCUCAUUGGGCAGUCCCCUUUCCAUGGGGAUGAUGAAGAUGAGUUGUUUGAGUCGAUCCGCAUGGACACCCCUCACUACCCACGCUGGAUUACCAAGGAAUCAAAAGAUAUAUUAGAAAAGCUAUUUGAAAGAGAUCCAACAAGAAGGCUUGGUGUCACUGGGAAUAUCAGAGCUCAUCCUUUCUUCAAAACCAUCAACUGGAUGACCCUAGAGAAGAGGGAGGUAGACCCUCCUUUCAAGCCAAAAGUGAAGUCAGCGAGUGACUACAACAACUUUGACAGAGAAUUUCUGAAUGAGAAGCCAAAGCUCUCCUACAGUGACAAAAACCUGAUCGACUCCAUGGAUCAGUCUGCGUUCGAUGGCUUCUCCUUCACCAACCCUAAAUUUGAACAGAUCUUAGAAAAAUAGUCCGAACGGAGCCAGACUUCCAAAUGCUAGGAGCAGAAAACCGCAGUGCUCCGUGCUGUGCUCCAGUGAUGUGUCAGUACUUCAGCACAGCAGCUCAGUAGUGUGGGUGAUCACGUGUAACUGCUGCUGUACUGGCAGUGUUCUUUUAUGCAUGGCCGGGUGUGAGGUGUGUGAAUCGCGUGCACUAUUUUCUCUGUUUGGGAAAAUGUAAAUUGUUUGGUUACUUGAAUGUAGUUAUGUUUUAUAAAUAUAUAUAUAUAUAUAAAUGUGCUGUAUAUUUUGCUCAAGACAUUGGAGAAUGGAAGAUGUCUUUUUAAAAAAAACGUGUUUGAGCCUUGGUUCUUUUGUCCUCACUUCAAAGAAAGUUACAUUAAACUUUCAUUCCUCAC